UCGAAGACUGAAUCUCGCGCUAACGAUGCUCGUUCGGUGGAAUAUGUUUGCUCACUUCCGGCGUCGUUCUCGCAUCCUCCUCCGAUCUCCCUUUCACCUCGCUCGCGCCCUCCUUUUCUUCCUCUUCACCAGCCCGCUUUCUGUCUCUCAUUCCCUCGCUUUCCCCCUCUUUCGCUUCCCUUAUUCCCGACGUUCUCUCAGAGAAGAAACGCUGCCACACGCACGCUCGAGACGCGAGAACGUACCUAACAGCUUACACUAAUCCCGGCUGCCUCAACAGCCUGGCGAAUUAUUUCCAUUCCGUUUCCCUAUUUCCGCGCAUCUCGCGUUAUCAAAGCGUGUGCGCGCCGCGGUGCCGUUUGUAAAGGCGGAGUUGCGGUUUCCGGCAUUAAUUUCGGGAACAAUGAGCGGUUCCUGAUACACUCUUUCUCAGCAAGAGUGGAGCGAGUGCAACGGGAUUCCGAAAGGAUCGUGCGGAAAUUUGACUUUUUGUUCCAUCCAACGGUGAUUUCGCCUAACAAUAUUAUACGCCGGUACGUGACACAACGGAACCCGAUAAACUGCAUCCUUCGCCAUUCUGAGAUGUACAGAGCUCGCGCAAUUUUUACAUCUGUCAUUUUAUCUCACGUGUCACGUUUUACUUGUCAGACAAAAAUUUAAUAGGCGGCAUAAACAAAGUUUAAAUGCGAUUUUAAGAUCGUGCAAUCGAGUCAAGCGCGCUAAUAAGCUAAUAGCUUUAAUGGCUCAUUAAAUAUGUUUCGAUUUUGAUUAUUAAAUAAAAAUAUUUUCGCAACGAAUAUAUAUAUCUGUUUCAGACGCGAGAAAAGAAAGAACGGCGACCGGAGAAAGAAGGUUGAAAAUUCAGUUGAAUUCUUUCUUAGGUCCUUCGCGACUUAGUGUGCGAUACGCGAUAUCGCGCGAUGCAUUCGACGGCAUAUCCGGUUUCCGACUGUGCAGUAGGAGAGAAUGAGUUGUCCGGGAAAUCACAAUUGUCCCUGUGACUAGUAAAGACACGAAAGAGACAGGCACGUGGAAGCUAGGACGCAUGCGUGUCGUGUUGCUCCUGCAGGACUCCGCACGACAAGUCAGUCUGCAUCUGGACUCCGGCUCGCGUGGUUUUGUACCAAGUGCGUGUACGUGACGGAAAUUAAACGGCGAAACCCUCGGAAAUAAUAAGUAUGACAAUAAUCACCGCCAUCCUCGUCCCGUGGACUGCAUGGAUCUUCGUGGCGUUCGCGCACUCAGCCGAAGGACGUCAAGCGAGGAAUCUGGAGAUACAGGCACAGACAUCGGGCCACCAUCACGGUACGCAGGAUGCAUCAUUAUUGGACAAUUACAAUAACAAUUCUGAAUUGCCCCGAUUCGCCGAGGAGAUCCAGAAUGUGACAGUGAGCGUAGGACGUGAUGCUCUAUUGGCUUGCGUGGUGGACAAUUUACGGAAUUAUAAGGUUGCGUGGGUGCGCGUCGAUACACAAACUAUAUUGUCGAUUCAUCAUAGCGUAAUCACUCAAAACCCACGGAUUUCACUAUCGUACAAUGACCACCGCUCGUGGUACCUUCAUAUAAAGGAUGCUCAGGAGGUGGAUCGUGGAUGGUAUAUGUGUCAAGUGAACACGGACCCAAUGAGGAGUCGCCAGGGCUACAUACAAGUUGUAGUACCACCGUCGAUUAUUACCAAAGAGACCAGUACCGACAUGGUGGUUCGCGAGGCUUCCAACGUGACGUUGACGUGCAAAGCGACCGGGUUUCCGGAGCCUUACGUCAUGUGGCGGCGCGAGGACGGCAAGAACAUAAAUUACAACGGCGAGAGUGUGAACGUCGUGGAUGGCGAAGUGCUGCAUAUCGUGAAGAUCAGUCGUCUUCAUAUGGGGGCUUAUUUGUGUAUUGCUUCGAACGGCGUUCCACCGUCGGUUAGCAAGAGAGUCUUGCUGCGCGUUCAAUUUCCACCGAUGCUCUCGAUACCAAACCAAUUGGAAGGAGCGUACAUUGGACAAGAUGUCACUCUCGAAUGUCACACCGAAGCUUAUCCAAACUCGAUCAAUUAUUGGACAACCGAACACGGCGACAUGAUAGUCUCUGGCAAUUACCAUUCGGUUACAGGCGACAAGUACGAGGCGGUAUCCACCGACAAUGGCUACAACAAGUACAUGAUGCUGAAGAUAAGGAACGUUAGCCCGAAAGACUUCGGCUCGUACAAGUGCGUUGCACAGAAUUCACUCGGCGGAACGGAUGGCGACAUCAAACUAGACGAAAUCCCAGCACCUUCGACAACGUCUACGAUGCCACCGCCAUAUUACCAACCAACGUCAACGAUGAAAAAGAACGGUAGAAACGGUAACAAGAAAUCACGACUACCGCCUAGCGACUACGAUGUCGAGGAAUUGCGAAAUCCAGGCCCAGCGUCGAUGAGGCCACCGGGUGACCUGCCGACGGACGCCCAAAGCCCGGGCGUGUCCCAUCGAGCGCAGCUCGUCCUUCUCCUCUCCCUGAGUCUCCUGUCGUUGCUGCUUCCGGCCAUCAGAAGGUGAUUCUCACGUCGCGGGAACGGGGCUUCCAGUUCUAGUGUUUAUUGGCCAUUGGCCGACCCGGAGACGACCGGUGCGCGAAGCACGGUUGCCGGUUACCUCCGGUGCACCGUCUCCGGGAGAGUGACGGACGAGUGCGACGAAGCGGGCCGCGCUUGAAAUUAUUUUCAUACCAAAACUAGACUUAUAUACAGAGAACGGCAGAAAGACAGCGAGAGCGAGAGAAAGAGCGAGAGCAAAGAGAAGAUAUAUAUAUAUAAUAUACAUAUAUAUAUAUAUAUAUAUAUAUAUGAAUAUAAAAAAUAUGAAUAUAACGCGAUAUGUUGUGUAAGUAUACAUGCGGUGAGUACGAGGCUACGUUUAGGCUUUCACGACUGAUCGGCGCUCGUGUGAAUCGCGCGCCUUGGUUUGCCCGCGCGGGACGAGCUUCUCGCGGCCGAGAGACCGCGCUUCUCGACGAUAUCUCUCUUCCCGGCGCGGAACCACCGAAGAGACGAUGUACAUGGCGUUCUAUACGCUGAGAGGGACUCGUUAUACACGAUGAUCCUUCGACUGAUCGUGAUCCUACUGUCUCUGGGGACUCGACAUACAUACGCGCGUAGCUCGUGACGAGGAUGUGAACUCGACGAUUUCUUCGCGGAAGGACUCGCAGGACGCCAUACGAGGACUAAGACGGACUCCCAGCCCAGGUGUGUGCGCCCCUUUUCUUUUCUACGAGAGCGAAAGCGAAGCGGAUUGACUAGAUUAGAAACAAUACUUCACGUCUUUGGGGCACAGGUACGACGGCGUGUGAACCUCACGACGCUUAGAUUCAACGAAAUUGUCCCGAAGAUUGGCACCUCCGCGCGUGCGUUUCUCUCGCGUAACACAGGCGGUCGCCAAAAGUAUCUCGCCCCCGUUCGCGAAACGCCGCUGAUCGAUGCGUGACGUUACUCCCCGGAACGUUACUCCGCGACUUCCGGCAGCACGUCAACUAUUCUCCCGAUAUAUUUUUCACCGGCAAUCUUCCGAUGCAAACGCGAGAUACAUUAUGUACUUUUGCCACGAUUCGCUGGGCCGUUCCGGUAACCAAUUAGGUGCUAAUUAAUCGUUUCCUUUUCAUCGGGGAAAAACGAUCGAUGGAUUCUGACACGCUUUUUCGCCCCCGCAAUCGUUUCAACGUUAUAAUACGCGUUUCCGUUUCGCGAGGAAGACACGGGAACUGUAUUCAGUGCAUAUACAUAUACGUACGCAUAAAACGGUAAACAAGAGUAUAAAUAAACAUAUAUAUAUAUAUAUAUAUAUAUAUAGAUAUAUAUAUAUACACACACGUACGCGGAUCGUAGUUGUGUCGAGACGCAUCGCUCGGUAACUUUGUAAUUAGCUCUGUUCGAUCUGUAAGACGUGCGGAUAUUUAACCGGAGCGCGCGGUCGUUUUACGAGACGUGAUCGUCAGCAAGGAUUCGACGGGAGAUUCGUAAGAGAUAUAUGCGUGCCCAAUGUGUGUGCAUUUGUGUGUGUGCGCGCGCGUUGGCGUGUGUGUAUGUGUGUCCCGGGGAAGGAAUUAACGCUAGACAUCAAGUAGCCUCGAAUCAUCGACGACGGUAACGCAGAGAGCUUCGUGGCUUCUGUUUGCGCGAUUAUGACAUUUCGACGGUACGAGAUGCGGUACGGUUUCUGUCGCGAUAGCACGGCCGUAAUUAGAGAGAGAGUGAGCGAGAGACAGACAGGGAGAAAGAGAGAGGGUGACAAUCCGGAAAAGUGCAGUGUGUCCCGCUAUACACUUACAAGUCAGUCAUACGCCGAAGCGGCGCACGGUAUUAUCGCUGUUCUCGAGAAUCGAUUGGCAUAUUCGAAAGCGAGACUCGUACUCGCGCCAUAAAUCUUGUUUGAUUAUUUCACGUUUUGUCGAACGCACACGACGCGCGAGUCGUCUUGCGCUCUCAACACACAACGGGCACACUAAUAAUACAGGGGAUGCUCCGCGACGCUUCAGCCACUCUGGAUCUCCUCUUACGUUGUACCUGACCGUAUGAAUUACUACAAUUGCCGUUCGACCUCGGGCGGAGCGGAUGUGAAAUGUUACACGCGCCUUUCCCUGUUAAUUCUGUAAAUAUUGUAGAUACGUUGUGCUGUGAUCGGUCCGGAUCGUCGUCUUUGCGAGGAUGACUCGAGGCUGCGCUUGUUAAAAAAAAGGAAAAAAAAAACACGAAAAAAAGACAAAGAAAAGAAAAAAAUCGAACGUAGAGAGUGUUGUGAAUAUUAUUAUAUACGAACUGUUCGCGAGACCGGUACGAGACGGUAUUCGUGCGAUUACGUCGUUUCAGUAGAAUACGAAAAUGAGGCUGCAGCGAUCGUAGGUAUAUCCUAAGUUAAGUUAUUAAUGUAUCAUGUCCGACGAUUUCACUAUGUCAAAACGAUUUUUAUGUACUCGCGUGCAUCGCACUUCGGAACGGGUCGCACACGAAACGAUGAUUAGCUGUAGAUAGUGAAACUGUCGGCCUGUAUAUCUUAAUAAAUCGAGUACAUGACUGC